GCACAGCCACGUCACCCCCAGGACCAGGAGCCGCCUCCGGGCGGCCGCAGCGCGGCUCAACUCCCCCUCCUCCUCCUCUUCCUCCUCCUCUUCCUCCUCCUCUUCCUCCCUCUUCAACGGGACCUUGCUGAUGCCCCGGAGACCCCUCAGGAUCAGAUCCCCCCAGGGGGUCCCCAGGGACCCUGCCACCCCCCCAGGACCCUGUGUCACCCCGUGGGACAAGGAUGUGUCCAGGGAGGACGGAGAGGGGACAGACUCUUUGGAAGGCACCAAGAUCCUCCCUGGAGCCUCCAGUUCACCCCCGGGGGGGGUCAGCAGCUCCCCUGGCUCCAGCCCCACCAUCCUGCUGUGCCCUGGGGACCCCAGGCCCUCCCAGGAUGCCCCAUCAGGCCCUUGGGGCUCUCCCCACAUCAGGGUGCCGAAGGGUGGCUCUGGGUGGCAGCGCCACUCACCCUUGGGGACACCCCAGUUCCAGUGGCCCCACGGGAGCGCCAGGCAGCUUCUGGCCCCUCAACCGCCUGGCACUGCCAGGGGUGACCUGGGCACCCCCUCUGUGCCGCUGUCACCCCCUGGCUGUGGCCCCCGCUGCUCCAGGGGGUGUCGAGAGGAUGAGGGGCAGGGACAGUCACCCCACGAGUGUCACAGUCCUGGCACAGGGGCCACCCCCAGCCCCGAGGAUGCCACAGGCAGGGAUGGCCGAGUGUCCCCAGGGUCCCUCUCGGACCAAAGUCUGCGGCGGCGGCUGCGGGAACUGGGGGAGGAGCCGGGACCCGUCACCGACCUCACCCAGGGGCUCUACCGGCGGCGGCUGCAGGAGCUGGGCACGGGACACAGGGGGCAGCCGGAGGGGCACAGCCCGGAGCUGGUGGCUGCGCUGAGGACCGGCCACAUCCCCGACUGUGCCCAGGACGAGCUGGCACUGGCGCGGCAGUUCGAGUAUCCUGACCGCAGCCGGCGCUGGCGGGAGGGGCUGCUCAAGUCCAGCUUCAACUACCUCCUCCUCGACCCCAGGGUCACCCAGGACCUGCCCCUGCGCUGCCCCCGCCUGAGCCCGGCCCAGCGUUUCCAGACCUUCGUCAGCGCUGUGUUCUACGUGGGCAAGGGCACCCGGGCCAGGCCCUACUGCCACCUGGCCGAGGCCCUGGGCCAGCACCGGGCGGGGACACGGCGGGGUUGCCCCAAGGUGCGGCGCAUCCUGGAGAUCUGGGAGAGCGGGCACGGCGUGGUCUCCGUGCUCUGCUUCCAGAACAGGGUCCCGGCAGAGGCCUACACGAGGGAGGGCUGCAUGGUGGAGGCGCUGGGCCUGCAGACCCUCACCAACCAGCGGAAAGGGCACUGCUACGGGGUGGCCGCGGGCUGGGCGCCCGAGCGGCGCCGGCGCCUGGGGGUGCACAUGUUGUACCGGGCCAUGAGCAUCUUCCUGGCCGAGGGCGAGCGGCAGCUCCGGCCCGGGGACAUCCCUGGGGGGUGCUGAGCACCCCGGGGCGCUCAGCUCGGGGAGGUGACCGUCCUU